AUGUUUCGCUCAUUGACAUGCUGGGGGCCCGCAGCGCACUUGAAGCCGCGAAUCAAAGGCGGCAUCAUUCCUUUCUACCAGCGCAUCCGGCAGGAGGAGACCGAGAGAAGAUAUCGUCAGCUGCCUUUCCUCAGUGUCAGCAAGGAGCCCUCGAAAUGGCCAGCGCCACCUGAUCCCAGAGAUGUCGAUAGAAGGCUUUGCAAGCUGGAUUUGGCAAGAGAAAUGAACAUCAAAGUUGGGGAUCGUGUUCGAGUUCUCUAUGGCAGUGAGAAGGGCAAACAUGGCGUCAUCAGCCGAAUCAUCCGUGAUAAGAACCAGGUCAUCGUGUCUGGUGUCAGCCUAAAGCGAAGCUUCUGGCACCCGGACCCUGGGCCUGGCAAGCCUUCCAUCGUUUCGGUGGAGUGCCCGAUCCACAUCACGAAUGUCGUGCUAGUGGAUCCGGUGACGAAGCAGCCGACAAGAGUCAAGAGGCGGUACAUGAUGAAUGGCGAAGGCGUUCGCAUCUCCAAGGUCUCCGGCUGUGCCAUGCCGGAGCCAGUCGCAGUCGGCCUCAACGAGCGCGAAGUCCUCUGGAAGCAGCACGAGGAGGGGGUGCUCCGGCAAGCGAAGGAACGGCGUGGGCCGCCCAAGGAAGACAUCUUUGGAAAUAAGGAGCACUUCAAGACCCUGGUGCGUCUCGUUCGCGAGCGGCGAGCUGCCGAAGAUGCCCAGGGCAAGGCUUCGAGGACGUUGCUCGAGUGA